UUAAUUACGAUUUCGAUUAAAAGAUCUGCGAUCCCAGAUCCAUCCACGGCUUCUCCCGAUCCGAUUCCCAAACAGAAACCCUAGGGUUCCAUGGAAGACCACACCAUCACAGGAGGAGAGAUGCCUAUCAAAGAAAGGGAAGAAUACAAUCAGAAGAAAGAUGAAUUUCUUGAAAAAUUAGAUUCUUUGAGAUCUAUCAGUCUCCUCUUCUACCGCGAGAACUAUCCGCUGGCCCUCGCGCUUGGCCCACGCGGCAUAGAUAAAAAGAUGGAAUGGUUGUUUUCCUGGACUGCCGAGCUUCCUCUCGAAGGAAUUGAUCUGAGUCCGAGCGUGAAACACUUAACUUUACCGAGUUGGCACCACUUACUCAUCACAUUGGUGAUGAUUACGUUCUUGGGAAGACUGCGUUUGGCAGAUAUAUUCAUGCCGAAGGCUUCUUCAUCAAAACCUGGGACCUAUUUUAUCCUAUCCGUCACAUAAUUGAUUUGCAUCCCCAAAGACUGAGAAAUGAGAUUAUGAUUUUAACUGGCAUGAAACAUAAAUGCCUCCCAAAACUACGGGGAUACUCCAUUGACAAACAGUUUGCUGUUGUCUAUCAACAAGAACCCAGUUGGACUCUGCAAGAUAUUCUUUUUCGCCCUGACUUAACGCUUACUUGGGAUGCGAGAAUGGAGGUGGCUGCCCAGAUUGCUUCUUUGAUGGAGUAUUUUCACAGCAUGGGCAAGACUCUUGGAAGUAUGGAUCCGCAGAACAUACUAGUUGACAAGGACAUUAACAUCAAACUGUGUGAGUUUGGUCUGUGUGGCACCAUAGAUGCGGUAAGAACUCGGUAUAAAAAUUAUCCGGUAAAUCCUCAUGAUGCCUUGUGGCUUACCGGCGGGAUGUAUAGUUUCCAAGUUUCCGAGCUUAUGCUUUACCAAGCUCGAAAUCCUAUGGAAGUAGUGGAAUGGACAGCCAAGUGUGAUAUAUAUUGCUUUGGUUGCCUGCUUCUAGAGUUGAUAAGUGAAGAGCAUGAGCACAGUUUAGAAAGCAGAUAUGAUGAUUUGAAGGAUUGGGCUACACAGAAACUUGCUAAGAAAUGCGAGAAGAAUCUCGUGGACAAACGCCUCAACGAAGACAGCAAUGUUGGCGUUAAAACUACGAGAAUGGUGAUGGCCUGUUUGAAUAAAUGUCCAGCCGAACGCCCGGAGGCAAAACGUCUUUUCAGGGCACUUGAGGGUUUGAAGGAAGAAAAGAAUGGAGCUGCCCAGAAACAGAGCGGUUUGGAGCAUGAGGACAGCCUCGGCCUACGGAAGUGGCAGAGGACUGGAGAAGAGUGUGUUCGGGCUGAUUAGUGGGACGCGCUUCAGUUUUACUACUACUACUACAAGGUAUGUGUGGUGUCUUUGUGUGUGUGUGUUUUUUUUAUUGUGUUUAUUUGGAUCUCUUGCCAAUUGUGGUGAAUGCCUUUGUUAAAGGACAUGGGACAAGUGGCAAACUACCGUUGUACAAGUAAUACUUUGUGUGUUUCGAAUGCUGUACGCAGUUCAUCUUAACUUCAAUUGUGGGUUUCAAA